AUGGGUGCUCGGGCCCUGGGACCCCUGCUGGGCUGCUGUCUGCUGCUGACCCUCGUCUGUGGCCCAGCGCUGGGCCGAGUGCCCCGUGAUCAGCAAACUGAACAGGAACACGAGGUGACCCCAGAAGACACCACGGCAGAGGGGACCAAGGAACCACCGCCCCCACUGGACCCCACUGAGAGGACUGAAGAAGACCGUGAGCGAUACGGCGCCCACCGGAACGCAGAGCUGCCUGCUUCUAGAUGCUUCCGCUGCUGUGACCCCGGGGCCCCCGUGUACCAGCCGCUGCCGGUGCCCCAGAUCAACAUCACCAUUCUGAAAGGUGAGAAGGGUGACCGAGGGGAUCGAGGCCUCCAGGGGAAGUUCGGCAAGACAGGCUCGGCGGGCGCCCGGGGCCACACGGGCCCCAAGGGGCAGAAGGGCUCGGUGGGCGCCCCGGGGGACCGCUGCAAGAGCCACUACGCGGCCUUCUCGGUGGGCAGGAGGAAGCCGCUGCACAGCAAUGACUACUACCAGACCGUGGUCUUUGACACGGAGUUCGUCAACCUCUACGGCCACUUCAACAUGUUCAUGGGCAAGUUCUACUGCUACGUGCCGGGCAUCUACUUCUUCAGCCUCAACGUGCACACGUGGAACCAGAAGGAGACGUACCUGCACAUCAUGCGCAACGCGGAGGAGGUGGUGAUCCUGUACGCGCAGGUGAGCGAGCGCAGCAUCAUGCAGAGCCAGAGCCUGCUGCUGGAGCUGCGCGAGCAGGACGCCGUGUGGGUGCGCCUCUUCAAGGGCGAGCGCGACAACGCCGUCUUCAGCGACGAGUUCGACACCUACAUCACCUUCAGCGGCUACCUGGUCAAGCCGGCCGCGGAGCCCUAG